AGGCCACUGUGUCAGCAAGCUGAGAGGGAAACUGAGGCAAGAUGUCAGGCCGGAGCGGGAAGAAGAAAAUGUCCAAGCUGUCCCGGUCAGCCAGGGCUGGUGUCAUCUUUCCAGUAGGUCGGUUGAUGCGUUACCUGAAAAAAGGGACAUUCAAGUACCGGAUCAGCGUCGGUGCACCCGUCUAUAUGGCAGCUGUCAUUGAGUACCUGGCAGCGGAAAUCCUAGAGUUAGCUGGAAAUGCUGCCAGGGACAACAAGAAGGCCCGGAUAGCCCCGAGACACAUCCUGCUGGCCGUUGCCAACGAUGAGGAGCUCAACCAGCUGCUGAAAGGAGUGACCAUCGCCAGUGGGGGUGUCCUGCCGAGAAUUCACCCUGAGCUGCUGGCCAAAAAGCGAGGGACCAAAGGAAAGUCAGAAACGAUCCUCUCCCCACCCCCAGAGAAAAGAGGAAGGAAGGCCGCAUCAGGCAAGAAAGGGGGUAAGAAAUCCAAGGCCACCAAGCCCCGGACGUCCAAGAAGUCCAAACCAAAGGACAGUGAUAAAGAAGGAACAUCAAAUUCCACCUCGGAAGAUGGGCCAGGGGACGGUUUCACCAUCCUGUCUUCCAAAAGCCUCGUUCUGGGGCAGAAGCUAUCCCUGACCCAAAGUGACAUCAGCCAUAUUGGCUCCAUGAGGGUAGAGGGCAUUGUCCACCCCACCACAGCCGAAAUCGACCUCAAGGAAGAGAUAGGUAAAGCCUUGGAAAAGGCUGGGGGUAAAGAGUUCUUGGAAACAGUAAAAGAGCUUCGCAAAUCCCAAGGCCCUUUGGAAGUUGCUGAAGCCGCCGUCAGCCAAUCCAGUGGACUCGCAGCCAAAUUUGUCAUCCACUGUCACAUUCUCCAGUGGGGCUCCGACAAAUGUGAAGAACAGCUGGAAGAGACCAUCAAAAACUGCCUGUCUGCAGCUGAGGACAAGAAGCUUAAGUCCGUCGCCUUCCCACCUUUCCCCAGUGGCAGAAACUGCUUUCCUAAACAGACAGCCGCCCAGGUGACCCUCAAGGCCAUAUCGGCCCAUUUCGACGACUCGAGCGCAUCCUCACUGAAGAAUGUGUACUUCCUGCUCUUUGACAGCGAGAGCAUCGGUAUCUACGUACAGGAGAUGGCCAAACUGGACACCAAGUAGCUCUCCAGUGGGGACG